AUGCGGGUACUUCUAUUAUUCCUUGUCGUGAGUUUGGCAGCUGCUGCUGAUUGGAAGGUAGUCAACGUCGAUAGAACUAUUGACAUCUCCUCCCAGAUUGUCAAAGUGUCAUCACAACUAACGCUCUCAAACGAUGGUUCAGCAGAAGCCAAUUCUGUUGACAUACUGGUCCCUUCCGAGGAGAGUGAACAUUUGGCUUACAUUGCGGCUCAAGAAGGAAGUAAUAAGGGGAAGCUGAAAAUCUCAAAACAGCCUGGAGAAAAGCAAGGAUACAAGGUAAGCGUCUCAUCACAUUUCUAUCUGGUCGUAAUGUUUUCGAAUUUAGUUAAACCACAUGGUUUUCAGAUCUACAAAGUGGAACUUUUGAAUCGUGUUGCCAAAGGUGGUGAAGUAAAGCUGAAGGUUGAACAAAGGUUCACUGGGCUUCUCUUCCCUCUCCCAGAGAAAAUCACCCAAAAAGAGAAUCAGUUUGUGGUGUAUAACGGCAACGCUUAUUAUGCAGCUGCGUAUCCCGUUGCCCAAGAGAAAACUACAGUCAAAAUUGGCAAUGGAAAAACUUUAUCGGUCACCCAGGUGACACCGACCAGUCAGGAAAACGAGCGAGUCAUCUAUGGUCCAUACAAGAAUCAGCCAGCAUUCAACAGCAAGCCCAUAAAAAUACACUAUGAGAACAACUCUCCUUUCGUUGUGGCUACAGUUGUCGAACGUUCAAUAGAGGUAUCGCAUUGGGGAAACAUAGCGGUGGAGGAAUACAUCGAGUUGGUGCAUAAAGGAGCCGAAUUGAAGGGUCCAUUCUCGCGACUUGAUCAUCAGAUGGAUCGUCGUGGACGUCGUCAGCCUGCUCUUCUGCACUUUACGACGGUGUUGCCAGCUUCUGCUAAAGACAUAUACUACCGUGAUGAAAUUGGAAAUAUUUCAACGUCUUCCGUACGACUUCGCGCAGAUUCCGUAGAAGUCGAGAUAAAGCCCAGGUUCCCAUUAUAUGGAGGAUGGCGCACUUCAUAUGUUAUUGGUUACAACGUUCCAUCCUUUGAAUAUCUUUACAACAAAGGAAAUGACUAUGCACUGAAGAUGCGUGUUCUUGACCACGUGUUCGAUAAUGUCGUUGUUGAGAAGCUCACGACAAAAGUAAUUCUCCCAGAGCUAGUCAGAAAGAUAAAGCUUACAACCCCGUACACGAUGGAUCGUCGUCCGGAUGAAACUCGCGCGACCUAUCUUGAUACUACUGGCCGGAUUGUGGUCGUGUUGCAGAAAGAAAACCUUGUACCAGAGCACAUCCAAUCAUUCACGCUUUUCUACGAGUUCGACUAUACACAGAUGAUUCGAGAGCCAUUGCUUGCCAGUGCAUUCUUCCUGGCAUUGUUCACAGCCGUGAUAAUUUACAUGCGAUUCGAUUUCACCAUUGUAGCAGUGAGUGUCACUUUUUGUCCGUGUUCAUGUUUACAUAUACUUGGCACACAGAUGAGGCUCUUGCACACGUUUUAA